GAGAAUUAAAACCUUCAAAGAGCUUAGGGGUCGAAAAUUAGCAGGGUCUUAUUUUUCUUACCCUCGCUCAAGGAAAGAGCAGCAAAUUCGUCGUCAAAACAGUGAUGGCGGCAAGAGCUGUUGCUCACUUGUGCAAAAAAGUGUAAUAUAGUUAUUUUUAAAAUAAUGACACUGAAUCCUCUUGCAAAUCCUAAAGGAGUUAAGCUGUGCUGUGAACUAUGUUCGAAGCCAGCUUUUAUAUUUUGCACCAAAUGUCGAGUAACCUAUUACUGUGAUGCAGAACAUCAAGCAAUAGAUUGGAUUGGUAUUCAUGAAAAAAUUUGUCAACUUCUAAUACCCUUACGAAUGCCUGUUCCCUUUAUCAGUGGUUCUGAAAAAGAAAGACAAUAUCAAAAGCAACAGCAAAACUUAAGACAGAAACAAAUGAUUGAAUUAACUCAAACUGCUGGUCAAAAGUUAUUGUUUGAAGGGAAGUAUGAGUAUGCUAUACCAGCUGCUAUGCAAUCCUUGAAAUUCUCAAUAGCAGUGUAUGGAUUGGACAGUAUUCAUUUGGUUCCUUCCUAUCUUAUCCUUGGAGAAGCAUGCAUUGGGCUUGGCCGCCUGAAACAAGCUGAAGAUUACUUAUCCCAAGCUCAAUGGACUGUCUUGAAAACACCUGAAUGUGAAAAUGAUAUUAAAUCGAGAUUGUAUCGAAAUCUUGGAAUGAUGUAUGCGACACAAGGCAAUGAUGAUGAGGCCUUGAGAUAUUUAGCUGAAGAUAUCUAUCAUGCGUCGUUAGCAUUUGGGCCUGAUGAUAUUCGUACGUCAGGAGGAUAUUUUCACAUGGCAAAUGUGUUUUACCGCAAAGAUAAGCUUGAUGUUGCAUUCUCAUUGUAUUCACAGCUGACUACUAUGUGGUACGAUCACCUGUUGAUGUUGGUCAAACAAAGAAUUCGCGUUCCACCUCCACCAACGGGGAUUGGACCAGCACAAGGAACACAGCAAGACGAGGAUUUUGAUUUUCUUGAUGAAGCCGAGGGGGCUGAAGCUGUUCAGAUUUUAAAUGCAAUUCUUGAAGUGCGUGAAAAGCAAUCUUCCUCAACACCAAGUGUAUUGCUGAAAGUUUACUUUACACUAGCCAUGUUAUACCUUGUGUUGCAAGACAAAACUUUAGCAAAAAAGUUUUCUGAGAAAGCUACAGAAAUGGCUAGUAAAGGAGUAUCAAUGGAAGCUGGUCAGUCACGAGUCAUGAUGGAAGUUCAAAAAGCUAUCAAGAGUAGUUAAAUAAUUAUGAUACAACUUCUCGUGCGUUUUUAUGAUACAGACAGAAAUUGUAUAUACUGAAACUUAUCUUAAAUAUUUUAAUAUAUAUUAUUUUUAACCCUGUAUAUGUUUAUCAUUUUUUACGUUAUGAAUGGAUCUUCUACACCAACGUCGACCCCAGGGCUCUCUUAUUGAUAUCAGUAAAUUUGUACCGCACAAAGAGCCCUGGUGUCCAGGUUGGUCCUAAAUUUCUUAACUUCUGUCUAGGCAUGUAUUUCAAGUGUGGAUGGAUGUUGUAUCAAAUUAUAUUGUUUUUGGUGUACAAUAAUAAGUUUGAUUUAUUAACAAAAACUAAGAUAAAAUAAGUUAGUAGUCAUAUUUUUUGUGUGUAGGUUCUUGUAACGAAAUGAUCAUGUGAUGAUUCCAAGGGUUUUUGGGUAAUCUAAUCUUAGACAAUGUUUACUCUUUUGAUUUACUAUAGUGGUCUGCACUGUAUAGUGCACUAUUUUAAAAAAAGCCGAAAUCAUUCCUCUUCGAUGUCUGAAGUGUUUGGAACUUGUGUAACUUUAUGGCGACUUCAAAGUGUAGAUUUUUGUGAUUAUAUGUGCUUUUUAUUUCUCAAUUUAUAUAGUCACGUGAUAUCGUUUA